AUGCUCGGUGAUCCUUUAAAAACUCUAGAACAAGCCCGGAGUACUUUUUUUUUUUCCAGCCAAGCAAUCCAGUUGCCAGUCACAUACAUGUUACGGUCUUCAUUUCAACGAAACUAUUGAGAGAGAGAGGGAAAAAAAAGCCAUGCAGUGUUAAAUGUUUGCGGCUCAAACGCGUCGACACUCGCGUACAAAGAGAGAAGAGCUAGAGACGCGCGCGCUCCUGCGUCUGUGCGCGAGAGGCGAAAACGCGUCAAUUUAAAAAAUAAAUAAAUAAAUCGGCGCUCGCGAAGCCUUUUCUUUGCUUUUGAAGAAUUAAAUAAAGAAAUCAAGCUGGCUCACGCUGUCUCGAACCCGACCAGUUUGACAGCUGCUCUUCACCCCCUUUGGAGGACUGUCAACAGCAAAAGGAUGGCAUCAGAACUGGCAAUGAGCAGCUCCGACCUGCCCACCAGUCCCCUGGCCAUGGAAUAUGUUAAUGACUUCGAUCUGAUGAAGUUUGAAGUGAAAAAGGAGCCGGUGGAGCCCGAUCGCAGCAUCAGCCAGUGCAGCCGCCUGAUCGCCGGGGGAUCCCUGUCUUCCACCCCGAUGAGCACGCCUUGCAGCUCGGUUCCCCCUUCCCCAAGCUUCUCGGCGCCCAGUCCGGGCUCCGGGAGCGAGCAGAAGGCGCACCUGGAGGAUUUCUACUGGAUGACCGGCUACCAACAGCAGCUCAACCCAGAGGCUUUGGGCUUCAGCCCCGAGGACGCGGUGGAGGCGCUGAUCAACAGCAGUCACCAGCUCCAGAGCUUCGACGGAUAUGCUAGAGGGCAGCAGUUCAGCAGCGCAGCCGGGGCGGGAGGCGCCAUGGCCGGCGAGGAGAUGGGAUCCGCCGCCGCGGUGGUCUCCGCGGUCAUCGCGGCCGCCGCAGCCCAGAACGGGACACCCCACCACCACCACCAUCACCACCACCACCCGGGCGGCCACCAUCCGACGCCCGGGAUGCAGUCCAACGGCAACUCCGCCAGCCACCAGCACAUGCACCUGGACGACCGCUUCUCGGACGAGCAGCUGGUGACCAUGUCCGUGCGCGAGCUCAACCGACACCUCCGGGGGGUCAGCAAAGAGGAGGUGAUCCGGCUCAAACAGAAGAGGAGAACCCUCAAAAACAGAGGCUAUGCCCAGUCGUGUCGCUACAAGCGGGUGCAGCAGAGGCACGUCCUGGAGGGCGAGAAGACCCAGCUGCUGCAGCAGGUGGACCACCUCAAGCAGGAGAUCUCCAGACUGGCGCGCGAGAGGGACGCGUACAAGGAGAAGUACGAGAAGCUCAUCAGCAGCGGCUUCAGAGAAAACGGCUCGAGCAGCGACAACAACCCGUCGUCCCCGGAGUUUUUCAUGACAUCACGAAAGUUUCUACACCUGUGAUACGACCUCUGACCCCUGCCCUUUGCCCCUGCAGUCUAAAGACAGUGUAACACUGGAAUGCUUCUGGCUUAGGGUGACCCAUGGCUCCAAGACUGCCACAAAGCACAACCUCUCCAAACUCUACCCCUGAUGAAGAUCACGAUGAGGAAGAUAGAGAAUUAAGGAUUAAGAGAAAUCAGAAACCCUUUAUCAUCCUGAGUGCCAUUCCUCAGCCUUACCCACAAUCCCCUUCUACUGAAUCUUCCCUGAUUUUACAGUCAGACGUUUCGCCAACAAUGAAAAAACGAAUUUGGAAAGUCUCGAGACAUCCCUGCAUGUUUGAUGAUGCAGUCCGGACAAUACAAGGAAUUCAAAAUGGAACUUCCACUAGACACUUCCAGACCACAUGGACUCAAACUCUUUCUGCUACUGAUGGCCCUCCGGUUCUCGUACCAGAUGCUGUUUUAUUGUACUAAACAUUAUCCCAGCAUUUUAGAAAAGGUGGUUUGGAGGAUUUAGCCAUAUGGGGUAAAGAAAGACAACAGCAUUCAAACAGCAUCUUGUGUAUAUUGUGUACAGGAUAUGAAUACAGGCUUAUUCUUAUCAAUGUGAAGACACCAUGUUUGUAAAUAGUCCACAAAUUGUAUAUUUCCUGCAUUAUGUCUUUAUAGGUUAUGCCUUUACAACAUUUAUUCAACAUUUUUAUCUGUACAGACGUAAAGGUUGACAUAGAUCUCCAAACAGAUGAGUAUUUGUAUUCCACAUAGACCCCCUCUAAAGACAACUCAAAUGUUAUUGCUUGUUAAGGAGACAUUUACAGAGUGAUCUAAACUUAGUUAAACCCUAAUGCAGGAUUGAGUGACUACGCCUUUGAGAACAAGAGAAACGCAAUUGAAUUGAAUCUCUCGCUGUCUCUCUGCAUCUCUUUAUCUGCUGUAGAAUCCCAGCCCGUGUGGUUCUAGUUCCCGAUUCCCAGAUAACUUCCAAGCUUGAUUGCCAACGUCCUUGUACAGUUUAGAAUUGCUGCAUCUCAUCUUUUUUGCCCCUUCAAAUCAAUGAUUAUCUUAUGCCUGCAUCCUCUAUGUAGCUGUGAUGUCCAUGUAGGUGACCCUACGGGGCCCGGAGGGGUCAAAGCACCUGAGGGGGGGUGGAUCUCUCCUGGAUGAGCCUCUCGCUGAGUUCCCACAGGCUGGCGGCUGCCGUGGGGUCCUGGGCCUGCGGAGAGGGCAAGCAACGGAAGCAGUUGUUGAAGUACAUCCCUCCGAUACCCUCCAGCUCUGGAGCCACGGCGCAGUAGACUGUUGUGGCCGCUCCCUGUUGCUGUGGAAACAAAAAUUUAAAUAUCAGAAUAAACUGAAACAAUGUGAGCAAAAAUAAAUACUGUUGUUCUUGUAUGGAGCCUGAAGAACUGGGUGGCCCUCUUUAGAGGGUCAGGGCAAUACCAAAGACACCUCUAACCAUCCAAGACUUGCAUUUUCUCCCCUAAAACGGAUCAUGAGAUGGGGGAAGUGCUCCACAGCCUUUCAAAGACACCAUGGGACAGACUGUGAACCUGUUCAAAUGGAGUUCCUGUUGUACAUCGGACGUAUGGCUGUCAACAAUCUGCAUGCUUUCAUAUAGGUACCUGCCACAUACUAGUCUAGGAACCACCGGAAGCGUUCAAUUCUGGCAAGUUCUAUAAAAGCUUUUAAAGUGGACUUAAACCUCAUGAUGUCUGAAUGCUGUAUCCUCUCUAGGGUUCAAAGGUUAGCUGAAAACCAACCAACUAUAUUAGCAAUGACAUGUUAUCUGCUAUAAAAGUAGGAAAAACAGGAGAAUAUAUCACAGACACUGGAACUGAGAAGCACUCAAUUGGCAGGUUUAUUGUACAUCUCUUGUACGCCUGCCAAGAAUCACAGACAAUGAUCAACACACACACACAAAAACAGUACAGUUGUAGAUUCUGUACAUAGCAGAAAGGAAAAGCUUUGGGGAAGUCUCGCAAAGACGACGGUGGGGCAGCCUGCCAAAACUGUCUAUUCAUCUCAUGUCAAAGGGAUUUCUGGAUGUCACCCAGUCAAUGGGGACUUUCUGUCAUUGCUGGAGAAGGCGUAUACACGUACACUCAAACACAAAUUUAAAUCCUAAAAAAGGGAUCCAGCACAAAGCUAUCCAUGCAACGGCACUAAAGACAGGUUGGAGACAUAAACCCCAAAUCCCAGUAUCUUCUCUAAUGCAUGUAUAAUUGGUCGUGCCCCAUGUAUAGCGUUAAAGGGCCUUUCACACUGACAGAGAUUUGAAGCAGCUAAGCAACUGGAAGUCAGUCGUUUUCAAUGAGGGUGGUCGAUUUGAGGAGACAAGGCUGACGAAGACCAUUGGAAAGUUCAAAUUAGAUAACCACCAAUGGGAAUGCAUUGGUACACGAUCAAAUACAGAUGGAUACUGCAGUUGCUAAUAAGACUUGUGCAAAGUCCAGCGACUUCAUCCUUUUCAGUGUGAACCCCUUUUAAGACAGGAAGCAAUUACUGGAAUUACUUUUUUUAAGAUGCAAAGGUGAAGUCAAGGUGUAAUUUUUGGUUCCAAACUAGCAGCUAAGUGAAAUUGUGGAAAACAGUCCUCCAUUGUUUGAAGAAUAGUUAGUCUUCAAUGUCACACCAUUUGUUAAGUCAAAAGUUGAGAUGUUGGCCAAACAUCUUAUAGUGGUAUCAUGGUGUUCAGCCUAGGUUCAAAGGUCAGCCUAGCAAUUCCAUCCUCACCCCCCACGUUAAUGAAGUACUCAUGAAAUAUCAAAACCACUCAUUUGGGUCUGAUUCGCAACAUGUACGCCCACAAUCAUGCCUUUUUUGUGUCUAUUUUGUUAAUGCCCUCGGGUUUGAUUGCUUACACAAAAACAAAUGACUCUUCAUGUCUUUUCACACUUUUUCACAUGGCCGAUCAGCAGCUAAUUGUCGGGGAUGGUUGACUAUCAUGGGGUUUUAACUGUCUUGGGGAAAGAUUCAAGGCAAAAGAAAAACAUGUCAGACAGAAUUAGAGUUGACGUGCAGUUCAAAUGUUUCCAGACUCGUCUUUUAUGUCCCUCCUCUCACUGAAGAAACUGUCCUGUGCUACUUCACACGUGACUCCUGCAGGAAGUUAACUUCUGUAAGAUGCACAUGAAAUAGGAUGGCUGCUUUAUCUUCAAAUAGUGCAGGAGCGUCUCAGAUCUGAAAAAAGUGCAGGGCAACGUUAAGGAGAUGUCUGGCACACGUUAACAGUGACGUGCACUGAUGGCCAACUCUUUAAACAAACGCAAAUACACACACAUUGCAACAGUACAAAGACUUUGGCUCAUUCAUGGAGCCAAAUCAGCAGCUGUAGUUCAAGCUGGCAAAGACUGUGACAGAACACUUGUUAGAUACACACGUACACACAAACUCGCAGGAAGAAAGCCAAGGCUGCAGUCAGAAAUUCAGCGAGCGAACUUCACACGCUCAUCCCCAUUUAAAUCCAGUUUGUGUGUUUUUCUGGGUCUUUUGAAGUACACAGAUGCUGCAUGUUGCUUUGGUUAGCACGGCAAUAAACAUGACAUCAAAAGCAUGGAUCUUCCUGGAGUCUUACCUGCUUUUGCAUUGAUAAGUUAAUACAUAUUUGAAGCUGGGAAUAUGAAAGGAAGAUAAAAUGUCAGUCAACCCCUCUAGCGAACCCAACGCAGUGGGUCAAUUUUCAAAGAUGCACUUUAUGGAUUCAGUGCUCUUGUAAUUAAAUUUAAUGUUGUCAUAUGCACACAAAAAAAGUUAGCACUUAUUCAAAGUUGUGUGAAAUUAUUUCCCUGGUUAUUAAGGUUAGGUUCUAAUAGGAAAAUCCGCUAUAUUUUUGAGCAAAUUUCCCCAAAUGCCUCUUGGCUUUCGAUUAACUCAUUAGGAAUAACAAAUGUGCUCUGAAAUCCAAACCCAGAAUAAAGGUUUCGAAACCAUAUAAAUAGUCUGCAAGUAUUGAUUUUCAUAAUGUCCCAAUAGUUCAUACCUUUAUGGUCACGUACGUGUUUUAAGCAUGUAUGCUAACGCUAGACUCCACAUUUUUAUUUGAGCUUAAACCAGCUUGAGGUAGUUCAACUGAUAUUGUAUCUUGACCAGGCUGGUGUCCAUCUGUAUUAACUGGUUGACCAGCUAAGAAGUACCAAAAACCAGUGAAUCAGAUCAGCCUGACCACUGAAAUCCAGUUUAGAACCAUCAAGAAGCAUUUUUCAGCAGAUUCCUAUGCGUUGUAUUCUUGUCACCUCACCUUGAUGAGAAUACAGUGCCCACCAGCUCAAAGUAAAUGCUAAUACACUCCUCACAAGUGCACAUGCUCCAUUGCAGACGCCACUUGGCACUGCUAAUGGUUUCUCUAAUGACGCACUGUGAAGACUAGCAUGACUGAGAUUACCAGCGCUAAUGGAUGUGGAGUGUGAUUUCAGCACUGGCUAGCAUGCUGCUGCCCCUUAGCCAAACAAUGGGCUGAAAUGAAUCCGAACCCCGUUCCAAAUGUGCUUCAGCCCAUUUCCAAUGCCUGCCUAGUCUUCCUAGCGGAUAUGAGAUGCAGGGAAAACACAUGGUUAAAUCCCAGCAGCCCCAUAUUAGAGCUGUGUCAACCAAAUGGGGAUAACAAAGAACUAGCAGUUAGCUUAGGCUACUUUAUUACAGUAAUCGCCAUCUGAAUUACAGCUUAACUCCGAUAUGCUUGCAAUACAGUCAGCUCGAUUGUUCAGUGUGGGUUUAGUACAUGUGCUAUAUUAUAACUUUGAACACUGAAUACAUUCCCAUCAUGCUUUCUCAGAUGCAUCCUCACUAAAUAUAGAUCUGCGAUUGAUCCAUUGAGGCUCUAGACUGGAACACCAUUUCCUUUAUCCGUUAGCAGCGGGACAAUAAUAAGGUUUCUAACCAUGAGCCUCCUGCUUUGGUGUAUUUAGCUGAGGGACAUGGAGAGAUUGGAUUGUCAGACUGAAUAAGAGAACAUGGAUCUUAUUGCCGUUACGCUGAACCUCCUGGCACUCAACCCUGAUGGCCCUUUUGGGCCGAUAAGCUUUAUGAUAAAAUGCAUUAACAUGCUGGACCAGGUACUGCUCACAUUUAUCAAGAGCUCAGGCCAGAAAACAGAGAUAGCGAUAGAGCUACAGAUCAGUUAAAUCAGUGGUUCUCAACUGGUUUUGCUUCAGGACCCAAUAUUUAUCAUUGGACAUUAAGUGACGUCCCAACACACGACUAUAACCGUCUGUUGUACAAAAGUAUUUUAUAUUGCAUUGCUUUCUUCAUUGUUUCUCAAAUAUGAGGGUGAGGUAUGCUGUUAUCUGCCUAAUUUCGCAAGGUUUUACAAUGUGAAUCACAAAUUUGACUGGACAAAAGGCCUUUGACGCCAACAAUGAAAGAUAUGGGAAGCUUUUUCUCCAAGCACCUGCUAAGUAUUUACUUUUCUGUGCUAACCAUGUGCAAUUAUAGGGAUAGAAUUUAGCAUAGUUUUUCAUUUUCGUUUUUAAUGUCCGCAAUUUGAACAAAAUCGGGUCGUGAGCCAGUUAAGGAACCAUAAAUACUGUAUUCAAACUUCAAAAAAAAAAAAACUAACGCAAACCGCCAAAACCGUUUGAUAAUUUUUGCUGCAAUACUAACAACCAAACCAAAGCAAAUGACUUAAAUGUGUCCUCUUUCAAAAAUAAUAAAGGCCGAAAAUGGACAUAAGAUACUUCCAUUCACUCAGAAGUCCUGCAAUAAGUAUAUUUGUCACUUUUAUGUGCAUAAAUGACUAAUGUCUUCCUGUAUCAAAUGCAAUUUUCAAUAUGGAACCUCAUGCACGCACAUCCAAAUAAGUCAUUUUGUUUAGCAAUAAAUAAUUGAGAUAACACCAUGUCCUAACCAGGCGGAAUAGGAUAAAGCAACAUGCUUGGUUUCUACUUCUGCGAUUUUUGUACUGGGUAGUCCCGCCCAUCGUGAAAUCUCAUUGGUCCAAAAUCCUGCUAAGCAUAAUUGUAUAUUUGCCAUCAAAUAUGCUCUUAGUGUCUGGUUAGGGUGUAGUAAAAGUGUGCUUCUUUUGAUUAAACGAGGUUUAAUAUUUCCAGAAAGGAAAUGAUCUGUAAUUUCUCGCCUUUUAUUUGUUAAACCCAGGAAUGGCGCCACCUUCAUGCACACCUGGUAAAAUCUGACUGUAUCUAGUGUACAAAUUGUGAUUCAAUUCCUCUUUAACCAUCAGUCUUAGUCCUGUGCUGGCUGAGAGUUUAUUGUUGGCAGACUUAGUUUUUUCGCUGUUAACUAGUACCCCAGUUUCCCUGUAGUCCUGGUGUCACUCUACAGCGUGAACGGAUGUGAUCCUUUAUCCAUGUUGUUUCUCCAACACACUCACAAUGUUGAGUAUGUGCCACAUAGUGCAUCACGUUAUAAUCAGCAGAGAAAAUCACUUGAAAAUACAAGUGAUGACCUAACUAGUUAAGAGUAAUAUCCCUUUGUUUCUAGAAAGGUUGUGUUGAAGUUUCUGUCAUUGCUGCAUGUAAUAAGGUUAAGAAAAAUGGUGUAUAUUUUCCCGUCAUUGGUCUCAUGCCGUCAUAAGCGAUCGGUCCACCUCUGCUGUCAGUUCCUGUGUUGUACAUACAUCUGUAAAUAUCGAACAGCUAUGCAUGCUGUCACUCUAGCAAUUGUUUCAGGUACUUUUAUAAUCAAAAACGCAUAUGGCAUGUGCUUAAAAAAUGAUUAGAGAAAAACGAACAUAAUAAAAUGAUUGGUCAAAUAAACAUGUUCUCAUAAACAGUUAUGAAAAACAGUGAUUUUUAUUUUAUUUCACUUGAUUUUUGGUAUAAGCAAUUCUAUCUAUGGCUGUCAUUCCCAGUGUUUUUUCCCAUGUUCCUUGUUAUCCUUCAGACAUUUUUGUAAGAGGGUUGAGGCAAACAUGAUAUCAACAUGAUAUUGGGGAGGGAGGAUGAUCAAUGUUAAUUGUCUGGAUUUUGAACCAUGGCCCUACAUUUCAAAACUUAAUUUACUCACAGAACAUAAAUGACAAAUAACUGUGUAUUUUACUGGUAUUCUGUUCUGUUUGUGUUAUUAUAUUACAAAGUGUAUCCUGGUUUCCUGACUGUAACAACCAAACCAAAAGGCAAAUGUCUUUUAUUUUAGCACUUUUUUUUGUAUCUUGGCCAUGCACUGAUAGACUUCAGAGAAUCCCAAGAGUAUUGUAGUUAGUUUUGCCUCAGCCCUAUGCAAUGACCUGUACAUUUAUAACCAAACCAGAGACUAUUCUAUGAAGGAGAUCAUGGAUCCAAUGGAGGAAGAGGGACUUUUAGGAGUAUUUAUUUUAAAUUCAUGACAACCAUGAUAGUUGGAGGUGUCUGAUUUUUAAUCUGUGCUAAAGAUAUUUUAAAUUUAAUAAAUAAUCAUUGUAACAAGA